GGAGAAACUCCGCGCUCGGGGCGACCUCCCGCGUCACGUGGUUGGGGCCGCGGCGGCGCCGUUCCCGGAAUAGGCUGGCCAGAUAGGAAGCUCUAGGAGUAAAUGAAGAGACAUACUGGCAUCUGAUUAGGCUGUGCUUCUAAUAAAUACAUAAUUGUAGAGAAAUAUUAAUGGUGUGAUAGGUGUACAGUUGGUGGUUACCAUGGUAAUGGCUAGUGUCAUACAGAAGAUCAUACCUCACUAUUCUCUUGCUCGUUGGCUUCUCUGUAGUGGCAGCUUAAGGUGGUAUCAACAUCCCACUGAAGAAGAACUGCGGAUUCUUGCAGGGAAGCAAAGAGGGAAAAGUAAAAAAGAUAGAAAAUAUAAUGGUCAUAUUGAAAACAAACCCUUAACCAUUCCAAAAGAUAUUGAUCUUCAUCUGGAAACAAAAUCUGUAACAGAAAGGGACACUAUUGCAUUGCAUUACUUUCCAGAAUAUCAGUGGUUGGUGGAUUUCACUGUUGCAGCUACAGUUGUGUAUGUGGUGACCGAGGUCUACUACAGCAUUAUGAAGCCCUCACAAGAAAUGAAUAUCAGCAUAGUGUGGUGUCUGCUUGUCUUGGGUUUUGCAGUUAAGGUACUGUUUUCAUUGACUACGCACUAUUUCAAAGUGGAAGAUGGAGGUGAAAGAUCAGUCUGUGUCACCUUUGGUUUUUUCUUCUUUGUGAAAGCCAUGGCAAUACUCAUUGUGACAGAAAACUAUCUAGAGUUUGGAUUGGAAUCAGGAUUCUCGAAUUUCUCAGAGAGUGCUAUGCAGUUUCUCGAAAAACAAGGUUUGGAAUCCCAGGGUCCUGUGUCUAAACUAACCUUCAAAUUGUUCCUGGCUGUUCUGUGUUCACUUAUUGGUGCUUUUUUGACAUUCCCUGGCUUGCGACUGGCUCAAAUGCAUCUGGAUGCUCUGAAUUUAGCUACAGAAAAAAUAACACAAACAUUGCUACAUAUAAACUUCUUGGCACCUUUAUUUAUGGUUCUACUGUGGGUAAAACCAAUCACUAAGGACUACAUUAUGAGCCCACCUUUGGGCAAAGAGAGCAUUCCUUUAAUGUCAGAAGAUACAUUUGAUACCAUCAGAUUGUGGAUUAUAAUCCUGUUGUGUGUUUUACGGUUGGCUAUGAUGCGUCAUCAUUUACAGGCCUAUCUGAAUUUAGCCCAGAAAAGCGUGGACCAGAUGAAAAAGGAAGCUGGUAGAAUAAGUAUGGUUGAUUUACAAAAAAUGGUGGCUCGGGUAUUCUAUUAUCUCUGUGUAAUUGCACUGCAGUAUGUUGCACCAUUGGUAAUGCUUCUUCACACAACUCUGCUCUUAAAAACACUAGGUAAUUAUUCUUGGGGCAUCUACCCAGGAUUGAAUUCUGACACUCCAGUAGAAAGCAGUCUGCUUCCCAAUUCUGUUUAUUCUGAGUCUCCACCUGCUGAUGGAAAGAUGAAAGUAACUGUAAUACAAAUAACGAUGGCUCUGGGAAGCCUAAAGAAUAUUUUCACUCCUCUCCUGUUCCGGGGACUCCUGUCUUUCCUCACUUGGUGGAUUGCUGCUUGCCUUUUUUCUACAAGCCUUUUUGGUCUCUUCUAUCACCAGUACCUGACUGUGGCAUGAAGUCAACUGACUGAGCAAGUGUGAGGUCACAUUCUAGAUACAAGGUAUCCCAGGUACCCAAGAGGAGAUGAAGAGAAAAGAAAACUAUAUAUGUGAAGAGAAAACAUGUCAUAAUUAUUUUUAAAGACUUCCUUGGUGUUCUCAGGGUGAAUAAUCUUAAAAUGUUUAAAAUUGCAACUGGGUUGGUUAUACUUGUUACCCAAAUGGUAGGUAACUAAUUCAGUUAUAGUCCUGGGACUGACUGACAUUAUUGUGUUGUAGAUGGUGAUAAGCAUGCUGAAAAGAUAUGACCUCUGGGUAUCUUGGUUUCCAUAAACAGUGAGCCAAACUCAAAAAUUUGGUUUUUAAGCAUCAACAGUCACUGACUGAACUGUAUUCAAAGGGUACUGGACAUAGUGAUGGUAGCUGCCUAUCAAUUAAGUCCUGAAACUGAGCCAUACAAGUGAAAGGAGAGAGAGGGGAUUUUAAAAAAAUGGAUCUGUUGGAUAACUAUUGAUCACUUUUCUCCUUGGAAAAUUAAAAAUCCAACAGGACAAAAGAGAUACUGUAUAUUACAGUAAGGAAAGUUGUAUAAAAUAUAAAUUAAAGAGGAGUAGAUGUAUGUACCUGACAGGUAUUGCUGCCUACAUAUUUUGCAGGAGUGCUUGUGCAGUAAGAAGAGAGUUAUAACAAUUAUAUUAUUUCAGUCCCUGCAGUCAUUUUGAAUUAAUGGCCAUCUGUAUUGGUGCUAGUAUUGAUCCACACAUUGCAUCUGGAUCUUUUAAAUUUCUUCUUUUGAGGUAGUAGAUAAAUUCCAUUGAGUUUACAAAAGAAUAGAAAAUAAUUAGUGACACCAGUCAAACAUUUCAAAACAAAACAGUUUAAUCCUGCUGACUGCUAGUGUAUGUAUAUGUGUAAUGUACAUAUAUAUUAUAUAUCAAAUAUAUAAUAUAUAUGAAGGUAUGAAAUAUGGAAUCUUUAUUUUAAAUUCCUGAAUGUAUCUUACAGAGCUAUAGGAGAGGGGUGUAUAUGUUUCUAAUAAUUUCAAGAUUCCCUUUUGAAAUUAAACUUUUAAUUUUCUUUUUUUUUUCUUUUUCUUUUUUUUUUCAGUUCAGUUGAAAGGGCUGUUUGGUUUUUGUGCCUCUUUAGAGGUACUUAAGUAUACUAAAGAACUUACUAUGUCUUGGAAGAAAAGAUCUACCUAAACUGUUAAUCUUAAAAUUUCUGUUCUGUCAAAUCAUCAUCUUUUGCCACUUUAAUCUAUGCUAACUUGACCAUAUAAUGAUAAUUAAUAUAUUUUGGCUUCAGAAAUAGAUUUUCUGUAUAAUAAAACAGCCAUGUAGUAAGAAAAAGAGCAAAGUAUUAACUUUACAAUUUUUGCUUAACUGGAUAGAUAUAUUCCAGUCAUAAAAUUAUUUACAGUUUUUCAGAUGUUUUGUGUAUUUGCAAAACAGGAAUGGGGAUUUAUAUGCAGUAGCUUUUUUAAACAGUUAAUAUUAAACUUCACAGAGGUCAGUGGGUUUUUUAACUAAUACUGGCUGGUUUUAUGUUACUGUUCUUUUUCUCUUGAAUUUGUGUACAGCUUUGGCAUAUAAUAAGCAUUUAUAAAUGGAAAAGCUUAACUAAUUUUUAAUAUGUAGCAAACCUACCAUAUGGGAGAACAAACUCGAUGAAUGCAGAAAGUCAAGAUUUUAAGCUGGUGAUAAACUAUCUUGCUGUGUUGAAAGCUUUUAAAGUUAUUUAUUAGUUUGUUAAGUUGCAUUUACUGGAGAAAGAUUUGUGUACACCAGCAUAGUACCUACUGCAUGGGUUUGGGACAUCUGAGAACACCUUGCAUGAUGCUACUGGUUUCAUUGCAGUAUUUCAGUGUGACUGGGACUGCAAGCUUUGUUGUUUUCACACCAACUUUUUGUAACUAAUAGGGACAAGUGCGUAACUGUGAAUUGGCCUAAAGAAUUAAAUUUGACCUCAUAGUUUCAAAUUUCAGUCAUUCCUGGGAAGUAUUUUUCAGAUGAAUAAUUGAAUGGCAAAAUAUGACAGGUCCAGUAACACUGCACCCGCUUUCACAUUAGUUCAAGAUAUAUCAUUGCGAGAUACAUCAUUACUAACAGAAUUAGUAAGGCCAGCUUUUAAGUUAGAGUUAGGUGCUCAAUGCCAAUCUUUUAUUCAGAAAAAUAAAACAAUGCAAAACAGUUUGAUUCUGAUAGUGAACUUGCCUGAUGAAGCUCACUAUAUAGGAGAUGUAACCUGUUGUUGAAAUCUGAAGGAGUAAAUUUUGGAUACUUGGAGAUACUUCAAAAUAAUGUUAACAGUUUUUGCUAACAGUCAUUCUGAAAGCUUAUAAGCAAAAGUGAACUGUAGUUCUAUAAUAAUGCAUUCAGCAAAAGUAAUAAGGAUCGUGUAGCUCAACUGCGCAAAGCUUUUGCUAAGAGCUCAUGCUGACUUACAAUUCAGACAUUAUACUGAUCACAGUGAAAAAUAGGCACCUAGUGUUACAAACAUGAAGAUCAGUGCUUGUAGCUGCUGAGCUGCUCCAUUGUUCUACAGACCAUUGUUGUGCAGAAUCGAAUGGUUGACCUUCUGGUCAUUAGUGAGUGGGAGACGGUCCUUCUUUGGGUCCAUUUAAUCCUGACAUGAGUCCAGAAGGCUUAUGAAAAACUAAAAUAUGCUAAUAAAAACCUUUGAAACAUGUGGUGACUGUGAAACCAGAGGGACCAUAUUGCUAAGGUUGUGAGCAGUGCUUCAGACAAGUAUGUGAUAUGAUCAAAAAUGUGUUUUAAAGAAAAUCAGCAACCCUGAUAGUCCUGACUUCCAUAUAUAUUGUGUAAGGGUCAAAGGAAUAUCUGCUUACUUCUGUAGUAAGUUCCUUUGAAACAGCAGCUGUCAAAUGCCUUUUUUUGUUUGUUUCAUGGAGACCUUUAGCGGCACCUGGCAAUGAGAGGAAAGCAUCUUGCAGAAAUGGAAAAGCAAUAAAAUGUGACUGAAAGGUUGGUAGGUGUUACUCAGGUUUCUUAAACACUUUGUCUUGCUUUUUGCCCACUACUUAAUUUAAAAAAUUGUAGAAUGUUUUGGGUUGGAAUGAAUCUGGAAUGGAUCACUUUUCACCGAACCAGGUUGCUUCUAGCCUCAUCAAACAUGGCCUUGAACACCUCCAGAGAUGGGCAGCCAUAGCUUCUCUGGCUAACCUUAUCUACUGCCUCACCACCCUCAUAGGCAAGAGUCUCCAUCUAAUACCUAAUCUAAAUCUCCCCUCUUCUAGUUUAGAAGUGUUCCCCCUUGUCCUAUAACUUCCUGCCUGUGCAAAAAGUCAUUCUCCCUCUUUUUUAUAAGCCUUCUUUAAGUACUGGGAGGCCACAGUGAGAUGUCCCUUAGUUUCUGAGAGAUUUUAGAAGGAAAUGUUCCUGUGGUAAAGAGUCCAUGUCUGUUUCUUCUUAAAUUCUGGUCUCUUUUCCUCUCUUAGUCAUGUGACUUCCAUUGCCGAUCUACAGCACUGUCCCUGUGUUCCCUUCUCAGAACCAAGUAGGCUAAACUAGUUCAAGAUUGUAUUUUGACUUCUGUUUAGUUUAAAUUUAUCUAUUUUUGAAGGAUUAGUUCCUUUAAAUAUUUCAAAUAACUUAAAAUUCCAUCUGAAAUAUGAACAAACUUGUUGAUAUUUGUUUAAACUCUGCACUUUUAUUAUGUGGGUCCCUUUAGAAAAAGGGUUAAGACAGCAAAAAAUCCAAGUCUUCCAGCAAGUUCAGGGAGGUCCAAACAUAACACUUGGGCUAUUUCUGAGCUAAGAGACAUUGAUUAAGAACAGGAGAAUAGACUAUAGAAAGCCUAUUCUUACACUUCGUAGGUGACAUUCUCAGGCUACACUUGUCCUCUUUUAAUUCCUUCUCAAACUAUAGGUUAUGCCAGAUUUCGAGGUUUUCUUGGCUGCACAGUCUUUCCCUCCUCCAGAAUUCGCUUACAUAAAGGAUCCACAGAUUAAAUAGUAGCAUCAGUACAAGAGAACAUCCUUGUACAGAAGAUACUUGCAGAAAAUUAAUUUCUGUUGCAGCUGUUCUUCUCAUUUGGGUCACAAGUACUGCAAGGUGUUUAAACAGAAAUGCAUUCUUCCCUGGAUUGUAAAGUCAAAUUUGUUUUAAGAACAAAAAUGCUACCAAGACAUCAACACAACAUUUAGGCAGCAUCACCUCAUUAUGUGUAGGGUUAGCAAGUAAGGAAAUUUCAGCUAACUUCCAAGGAACAAUUCAAAGAGCUGUGCUUCCUUAUAGUAACUACACCUAAGUGGUAAUAGGCAUUUGGGAUAUAUCAAAUAGAAAAUUGAGCACAUCUGAUAUUAAAGCUGUUGGAAGGUUCUCCAAGGUAAAAGGCCUUAUGUUUCUGUAUUCUCAAAUAGCUGUGCUUUUCAUGGAGAUAAUUUUGAUCAGUUUUUAAAUACUAUGCUUCAUGAUUUUUCUCAUGACACAUUUUGCACAUUAAUUUGUUCCACACAGCACCUCUACACUCAGACUUAACCCCACAGUUAAUGUUGUCACUAUAAAGUUCCUAGACACUUCAACUAAAAGUUUAAGAAUUGAGUGCCCAGACAAAAUGGAGACAUUGAACAAGAACAAGGCCAAAGAAUACUCUGUGUUCUCUUGGAGGAAUCUGUAUGCCUGAGCAAAAUCUUAAUGGAGGAAGGCAGCAGCAGUUUACUUGUAUCUCAAAUAAAAUAUUAAAUGUGAA